GCCCACGCCGGGGUCUCCGUUCCUGCAGGGCAGCGGGAGCAGCUCCGGGCCCGCGCCCCCCGCGCGCCGCCGCCUUUCCAGAGGAGCUGCGGGCCGCGCGACGGGUGCGGCGGGCGGCUCGCAGCGCAUGAUGGCAGAGACCCCCACUCCCAUGGCCAGGCCUGGGAAGCCCGGUGCCGGGGAGGCCCAGGAGGAGAAGGAAGUGGAAGAGGGGAGCGCCGGGAGGCCAAGGGCAGAGGUGCUAGAGCAGGCCCAGGAAUUGUUUCUGCUCUGUGACAAGGACGCCAAGGGCUUCAUCACUCGGCACGACCUGCAGGGUCUACAGAGUGACCUGCCCCUCACGCCUGAACAGCUAGAGGCUGUGUUCGAAAGCCUGGACCAGGCCCACACAGGCUUCCUCACCGCCUGGGAGUUCUGCCUCGGCCUGGGGAAGUUUAUGGGGGUGGAGUCAGCCCAGGGUGCACUGCCCUCCCGGGCUCCCGAGGAAACCUUUGAGUCGGGCUGGUCAGAUGUGCAAGGCACUGAGGGCUCUCUGGAGGAAGAGGAGGAGGAGAGAUUCUGCGAAGUGCUGGAGCAGCUGGGGGUGGCCCCAGCCCUGGGCGAGCAGCGAGCGGUGAGGACGCUCUGGACCCGGCUGCAGCGCGAGCGACCCGAGCUGCUGGGCUCCUUCGAGGACGUUCUGAUGCGCGCGUCGGCCUGCCUGGAGGAGGCGGCCCGAGAGCGGGACAGCCUGGAGCAGGCGCUGCGGCGGCGGGAGAGCGAGCACGAGAGGGAGGUGCGGUGUCUGUACGAGGAGAUGGAGCAGCGGCUUCGCGAGCAGCGCCAGCGUCUGCGGAGUCAGGACCUCCCCCGGGAGGAGCGCAGAGGCCUCCUGGAGCUGGAGCUGCAGAGCCGCGAGCAGGAACUGGAGCGCGCGGGCCUGCGACAGCGGGAGUUGGAACAGCAGCUGCAGACCCGGGCCAGGGAGCAGCGAGAGGCGCAGGCGCAGAGCGCGCAGCUGUGGCUAGCCAACGAGGCGCUGAGAACUCAGCUGGAGGGGGCGCAGGAGCAGCUCCGGAGACUGGAGGGCGAUGUGCAGGGCCGCCGGGAGCAAACCCUACGAGAGGUGGUCGCAGUCUCGAGGAACAUGCAAAAAGAGAAGCUCAGCCUCCUGCGACAACUGGAGCUCCUCAGGGAGCUGAACACGCGGCUACGGGACCAGAGGGACGCCUGUGAGGCCAAGCGGCUGGGCAGUGGUCGAAGGAAAGCUCUGGCUGUGGCCCGCUUGCCGGGGCCUACCUGUUGCUGCUGCUGCAGCUGGGCUCGCCCUCCGAGACGUGGCUCUGGCCACCUUCCCAGUGCCCGCUGACCAUCCCCAAGAGACUCCCUGGGCGUUACUUGGAGAAGCUGCCCCUUGAAGGUGGUGCGUCGUGGCUGGGGGCUGCCCAUUCAGGAUGUGGGCUCUAUUUAGUUGACUGUCUGGCCUGCCCGCAUGCAGACAUGAAGGAACGAACCUAGGAGUGGUCAGAGUCUCCUGUGCCUCUCUGCUGGCCCUCAUCCUGUCCCCAUCCCACCCAACCCAUCUCUGACCAGCAGAAAAACGCCCUCCUCCUAAUAAAGUCCAUGACUACACUGUGACCUCCUUAGCCUAUGUGGGCGGGAGCCACAGCACGUGUGUGCUACACACACGGGGUGUCCAUGGUACACUCAAGGCAAGUGGGAUGUGUGUGGCACAGGUGAAGGGCCCUGUGGUGCUGGGGCUGCGGAUGUCCCCGCAUGUCUCUGGUCACGCCUUCCAGACCUCGCUGUCCAUUAAAGCUGAAGUCCCAUGGGGCCCCUCUGUGGGAACAGGGACUGAGGCCCAUUGUCCCCUCCCGGCCUCAGUUGACCACCCCAUCCCCAAACCAGCCCGCCCUGAGUGGGACCUCCAAAGGGGUAGGUCUGCAGCCACUUCUCACGC